GGUAUAUAUUCUUGAAUUUUAUAACAUUUAAUCUAGUGGAUUACCUAUAAUGCUGCUGUACAUAUAUAUCUUGUUAUUUAUAACAAAUGUAAAGGGAUCAGGAAGAACUCCUCAAUGCUUCCAGACUGUUUUCAGUGUAGCGACUUUUGUUACGCCACCAUAUUUUGGAACUGUGUAUUUCACAAAACAUCGCUCAAAUCUCAGAGUAACUGGAUCUGUGUCAGGUUUGCCGCCAAAAAGAUUGUUGGGUGUUCAUAUACAUGAAUAUGGUGCAUUAGGUAAUGAAUGUAAUGAUGCUGGACCACAUUUUAAUCCGUUCAACAGUGAUCAUGGUGGACUAACAGGCUCACCAAGACAUCCUGGAGAUUUUGGAAAUCAUUAUGUAGAUCAAUAUGGUGUUUUGAAUUUUGAUUUCGAUGUUGAUAUUUCUUCUAUUACUAAAUUUGAUGUAUUUGUUGGAAGAGCACUGGUUAUCCAUGAGAAAGAAGAUGAUUUAGGCAAAAUGUAUGACGAGGGCAGUCGCAAGACAGGCAAUUCCGGUAAACGUUUAACAUGUGCUGUAGUUGGUAUUUGGAGAGCUUCAUAAACUAAUUUUUUCUUAUCUUUCAUAUUUGUUUACAGUGAGAGUAAUUCAGAACGACUUGUUACUUACCUAAAUCUAAUUCUAUCAAACUCCAUUGACAUACAGUUUUAAAAGUUUUUUUUUGAUUCUUUCAUUUGUUGAGCAAAUGCAAAUAUUAUUAAACGUUGGACAGUUUAUGGUAGCAAUAAAGUUGUUCUUAGCUUCAUUACACAUUAAUUAUGGUUAGUCUUGUGCUUGUGAGUACUGUGGAAAUGUUGAUAUUACUGUUUUGAAAUAUUUAGAAUGUAUCAUUUCUGUUAAAACUUUAUAAAAAAUAGAAGUAUGGCAAUUCGUUACGA